CCACUCGCCUCGCUGUUUCAGUGUGUUUACUACACUGGCCAGCAUAGGGGGAGACACUCGUCUUCACAUGCACUGAGAACAACUGUUAUUUAGUUGUAUUUGCCUGAAAACCUCCAAGAGAUCAACAUGCCCAGGAGAAAGAGACAAGAAACAGAAGACGAGGAGCCCAAGAGGAGAUCAGCCCGGUUAUCGGCGAAACCGGCACCAGCUAAGGAGGAACCAAAGGUCAAGAAGGCAGCAAAGAAAGAAAAGGCUGUGAACGACAAGAAGGAGGACAAGAAGACCAAGAAGACAAAGGAGAACGCCGAGGCAGAGGCCAAUGAAGAAAACCACUCUGAGAACGGAGAGGCCAAGACCAACGAGGUGGAAGAAGCCCCCGAGGAGGCCAAGGAGGCCAAGUCAGAGUAGCACCACUGCCCCAGCGUCUCCCACCCCCCCCGGCCCCAACACAGCUCCUCCCCUUGAAGCUCCCCUCUCAAGUCUCUCACACGGUUUCCCUCCAAGGCGUAUUGUUAACAGAGGAAUAUUUUUAUCAAUGAUUUUAUAAGUAUCCGUACAGAUUUUUAGCACAAAAAGCAAAGCUGAUUAUGGAGCACCUUGCAGAUUUGCAGUGGUCAUAUCAAGUGUCUGCAAGCAAGAAAAACACACUAAAAUCUUUUUUAAAUGGCAUUUCGUGAUUGUUGAAGGCUUGUUUGGUGUAGAAAGUGUGUCCCCCGCCGCUCAACCACCCUCUGCUGGAUUGGCUUUGUCGUGACUUGUGUAGUUGUGUGUUUUUCCCUUCACUUCCUCUGCAGAUUUAGACCCUCCUCUCCAACGGUUCGGCCUACCUACCCAUGUUUUAUUAACGGUUCAGCCAUGUUAUAACGUGGCUGCUUCUUUUAGACCUUUUAAUGUGCAGUGACUUCCCUUUUUGCUUGUGUCUCAUGAUCUCAUUUUUUUGGUCCUCAUUGAAAAUGUGUUUUUGAAAAGAAUUAAGCGUGUUGUCUAUAAGAACGAGGAAGACGAACAUGUGAAACAUUCCUGGAACAGCAAUGCCUCCGACCUGUCUCCUAGACGACCCUGCGUUAUGAGAAAGAAGAGAAGAACACAGCUCCUGCUCCAUCCAUGCUGUCAUGUCAGCUUUUUUAAAAACUGUUAUUGUUUUUUUUAAACAAUUUGAAUUGGGAAUUCUCACAAACGCAGGUGUCCGGUCCCGCUCUUAUGUUCUGAAAUUCUCUUAAUAAAAACAAGUCCUGGGAAUUUUCCUCAAA